GCAGAAAAUGGAGGGCGAAAAAAAGAAAACGGCAGAAGAAAUUCUAAACAUAGCAAGUAUAUGUGAGGGUGGCUGCAGAGACAAACAAAACUGCUGCAUGGAUCAUUUAUACUCACUGAUAAAGGAUCACACAAAGGAGUGGAAGGAGAUCGAGGAGAUGAGGUUCGCGGAAACUCCGCUGCACACAGCGGCAGCGGCGGGGAACACGGAGGUGGCCAUGGAGAUCUUUAACCUGAUGCCGUCGCUGGGCAGGAAGCUGAACAAGGAGGGGCUGAGCCCCCUCCACCUGGCCAUAGAAGGGGCGCACCAUGACACGGCGCGGGUGAUGGCGAGAUCUGACAAGCAGCUGGUGCGGGUGAAGGGCAAGAAGGGCAUGACUCCGCUGAUGCAAUGCGCUGCCAGAGCCGACGGCGACGAGGGGAUAAAAGAUCUGAGGCUUCUUGCAAGGCUCUUGGUUGCAUGCCCCGACUCGGUCGCCGACGUCAACAACAACAACCAGACUGUUAUUCACGUGGCGCUGGAGCAUAGGCGGUGCGACACUGUCUGCAUGCUGGUGGAUUGGCUGAGGAGGAUCAGUUCUCUCCGUCAGGGAUAUCAACGGCAACACCACCCUUCACGCUGCAGCUCAAUUUGGCUGUGUCAAGAAAUUUUGAAAAUGCAGCGCCAAACAAGAUUUUACUCUGCGGGCGACAACGCAUUGCGGAAGCACCUGGCGGGGCGGAUGGUGAUGGAGGAGAACCACUACCGGGCCUUCAUGCCGACCAACACGUUCGCGUUCGCGCUGUCAGCCGUGAUCGUGAUAUUCGUUGCCCCGGGCUCGCCGAUGUUCCUGAUCCUCCACCUCUGCCUGGUGUUCAUGUGCCUCAGCUACCUUCUCGCUCUGGACUUCACAUCCAGUUACACGGGCAUCUCCGACAUGAUCUUCGUCAUGUCCCUCUGCGCCAUCAUCGGGGCCUACGUCGCCAAGCUCUUGUAUUAUCCGGUCAAGGCGCUCCUGAUUGACGAGGAUUGGUGGCUGCGGCACCUCAGCAUCAAAUUCACCAACUACUCCAGUAGAGCCAAGCCUAACGGUUACGCAGCGGCCGCCGUGAAGAAGGCACAAAUGAUGAAAAAGCAGCACAUGGUGCUAGGUCUUCAAUGA